GGGCUAUCUACGAUUUGAGGUCUCCUGAGUUAGUCUGGAUUGAAGACGAUCUGCGACCAAUUCCCUGUUCGUCGAUCGUUCGUGUUUCUGUCUGGUCUAUCCAUUCCGGUUGCCCCCCGAGGCCCUUGGUUCACCACUUCGUCUGUCAAGAUGAGGUUGACCCGCUUGUUGCGAUCCGUACCCAAAGGCUACAUGCCCGGCGAGGGUGGACGAGCCGAAAUGAACUCCAAACUGCCCCAGGGUUUAACGAAGGAGUCGCUGAAGCAUCAUUAUGCCCUGUGGCCUCUCAUGGGCAUCAUGGGGGCUGGUAUGACCUUUGUGGCUUGGUAUGUCAUUCGAUUGGCCACCACCAGUCCCGAAGUGUCUUGGUCCAAAAAACCCGAGAUUUACAAUGAAUACCACAACAAACGCUACAAGUUCCUCAACCCCUACGGUUUGGAUUACGAGAAAAUGAACAAUGAAAUCCCCGACUACAAGAAGGAUGCCUAGAUCAGUCGAAUCACCUCCUGGUCAUUAUUUAGCCACCCCAGCAGUUGGAGGCCAUCUUGGUCGGUAGUGAGUGCGCCCUACAUACAUUCUGUUUUACCCGACAAUAUUGUUUUCUCAAAUUGUGUUUCACCAUCGGUAGAGCGCUUUUCUUGGCAGGGCUGAUAUCCAUCACUUUCUGGGGCUGAUAUCGGCUCGCAUUGGACAAUAAAUUCGUCACUCCUAGAAAAAAAUAAAA